CCAUCAGUCAUGCUACUGAAUGGGGACUGCCCAGAGAGCCUGGAAAAGGAAGAGGCGCCCACCGAACCGCCCCGGGAAAAUGGGCUGGAUGAGGCUGAGCCGGGAGAGGAGACCACUGGACAGGAAGUCAUUGUCAUUCAGGACACAGGCUUCUCUGUGAAGAUCCUGGCCCCAGGGAUUGAGCCCUUCUCCCUACAGGUGUCCCCCCAGGAGAUGGUACAAGAGAUCCACCAGGUGCUCAUGGACCGUGAAGACACUUGUCAUCGCACCUGCUUCUCGCUGCACCUGGAUGGCAACAUGCUGGACCACUUUUCAGAGCUGCGCAGCGUUGAGGGGUUGCAGGAAGGCUCAGUGCUACGCGUGGUGGAAGAGCCAUACACGGUGCGCGAGGCCCGAAUCCACGUGCGCCACGUCCGCGACCUGCUCAAGAGCCUGGACCCGUCAGAUGCCUUCAACGGGGUUGACUGCAACUCCUUGUCCUUCCUGAGUGUCUUUACUGAUGGCGACCUGGGAGACAGCGGGAAGCGGAAGAAGGGCUUGGAGAUGGACCCCAUUGACUGCACGCCACCUGAGUACAUCCUGCCAGGGAGCCGGGAGCGGCCGUUGUGUCCCCUGCAGCCCCAGAACCGUGACUGGAAGCCCCUGCAGUGCCUAAAAGUGCUCACCAUGAGUGGCUGGAACCCACCCCCUGGGAACCGCAAGAUGCAUGGGGACCUCAUGUACCUGUUUGUGAUCACAGCCGAGGACCGCCAAGUCAGCAUCACGGCGUCCACUCGAGGCUUUUACCUGAACCAGUCCACAGCGUAUCACUUCAACCCCAAACCCGCCAGCCCCCGUUUCCUCAGCCAUUCCCUGGUGGAGCUGCUCAACCAGAUCAGCCCGACCUUCAAAAAAAACUUUGCUGUGCUGCAGAAGAAAAGGGUCCAGCGCCACCCGUUCGAGAGGAUUGCCACCCCGUUCCAGGUGUACAGCUGGACGGCACCCCAGGCAGAGCAUGCCAUGGACUGCGUGCGUGCGGAGGAUGCCUACACGUCAAGGCUGGGCUACGAGGAGCACAUUCCUGGACAGACCCGGGACUGGAACGAGGAGCUGCAGACCACGCGGGAACUGCCCCGCAAGAACCUGCCUGAGCGGCUACUUCGAGAAAGAGCCAUAUUCAAGGUGCACAGUGACUUCACAGCAGCGGCCACACGGGGCGCCAUGGCGGUCAUCGAUGGCAAUGUGAUGGCCAUCAACCCCAGUGAGGAGACCAAGAUGCAGAUGUUCAUCUGGAACAACAUCUUCUUCAGCCUGGGCUUUGAUGUCCGCGACCACUACAAGGACUUUGGUGGGGACGUGGCGGCCUACGUGGCACCUGCCAAUGACCUGAACGGUGUGCGCACGUACAACGCAGUGGACGUGGAGGGGCUGUACACACUGGGAACAGUGGUGGUGGAUUACCGUGGCUACCGUGUCACAGCCCAGUCCAUCAUCCCCGGCAUCCUGGAGCGGGACCAGGAGCAGAGUGUCAUCUAUGGCUCCAUUGACUUUGGCAAGACAGUGGUGUCACACCCACGGUACCUAGAGUUGCUGGAACGCACGAGCCGGCCCCUCAAGAUCCUGAGGCACCGGGUGCUCAAUGACCGCGAUGAGGAGGUGGAGCUCUGCUCCUCUGUGGAGUGCAAGGGCAUCAUCGGUAAUGAUGGGCGCCACUACAUCCUCGACCUGCUGCGCACCUUCCCCCCUGACCUCAAUUUCCUCCCUGUGCCUGGCGAGCAGCUGCCUGAGGAGUGCACCCGCGCUGGCUUCCCCCGCACCCACCGACACAAGUUGUGCUGCCUGCGCCAGGAGCUGGUGGAUGCCUUCGUGGAGCAUAGGUACCUCCUCUUCAUGAAGUUGGCUGCCCUGCAGCUAAUGCAGCAGAAAGCCAGCAAGAUGGAGAACUCCACCUCACUGGAAAAUGGCAGCCCACCCUCCUUGGAGUCCAAGUCUGAAGACCCUCUGGGACCUGAGGCGGGAAGUGAGGAGGAGGGCAGCAGUGCUAGUGGCCUGGCCAAGGUGAAGGAGCUGGCAGAGACCAUCGCCUCAGACGAUGGGACAGGUAGGGCUGCUGUGGAUGCUGGAGGGAGCCCCAGACCUGUCCUGGCAGCUGGUGCUUGCCAUGGACUGCUCAAGACCCAGUCCCAAGAGAGGCAGGCAGAUGUCCCUGCGAGGAGCUGGGAGGAAGCGCAGGACAGCUGGGCCACUGAUAGUGGAGUGUGCUGCCUCCCAGCGGGCCAUGUCUCCGCAGCAGACCCACGGAGCCGGGAGGUGAUCCGCAAUGCGUGCAAGGCAGUCGGCUCGAUCAGCAGCACAGCCUUCGAUGUUCGCUUCAACCCUGACAUCUUCUCACCAGGGGUUCGCUUCCCCGAGUCCUGCCACGAGGAAGUGAGGGACCAGAAGCAGCUGCUGAAAGAUGCUGCUGCCUUCCUGCUCUCCUGUCAAAUCCCUGGCUUGGUGAAGGACUGCACAGACCACGUGGUGCUGCCCAUGGACGGGGCCACACUGUCUGAGGUGAUGCGCCAGCGUGGCAUCAACAUGCGCUACCUGGGCAAGGUGCUGGACCUGGUGCUCCGGAGCCCGGCCCGAGACCAGCUGGACCAUAUCUAUAAAAUUGGCAUUGGAGAGCUCAUCACCCGCUCUGCCAAGCACAUUUUCAAGACAUACUUACAGGGAGUCGAGCUCUCAGGCCUCUCGGCUGCCAUUAGUCACUUCCUGAACUGCUUCCUGAGCUCCUACCCCAACCCUGUGGCCCACCUGCCCGCCGAUGAGCUGGUCUCCAAGAAGAGGAACAGGAGGAGGAGAAACCGGCCUCCGGGGGCGGCAGAUAACACCGCCUGGGCCGUCAUGACCCCCCAGGAGCUCUGGAAGAACAUCUGCCAGGAGGCCAAGAACUACUUUGACUUCAGCCUCGAGUGUGAGACUGCGGACCAGGCUGUGGAGACCUAUGGCCUGCAGAAGAUAACGCUGCUGCGGGAGAUCUCCCUCAAAACCGGCAUCCAGAUCCUGCUGAAGGAGUACAACUUCGACAGCCGCCACAAACCCGCCUUCACCGAGGAGGAUGUGCUCAACAUCUUCCCCGUGGUCAAGCACGUCAACCCCAAGGCCUCCGACGCCUUCCACUUCUUCCAGAGCGGACAGGCCAAAGUACAGCAGGGCUUCCUAAAGGAGGGCUGCGAGCUCAUCAACGAGGCCCUGAACCUGUUCAACAACGUGUAUGGAGCCAUGCAUGUGGAGAUCUGCGCCUGCUUGCGCCUCCUUGCCCGUCUCCACUACAUUAUGGGCGACUAUGCGGAGGCCCUGAGUAACCAACAGAAGGCUGUGCUGAUGAGCGAGCGAGUGAUGGGCAUCGAGCACCCCAACACCAUCCAGGAAUAUAUGCACCUGGCCCUGUACUGCUUUGCCAGCAGCCAGCUGUCCACGGCCCUGAGCCUGCUGUACCGCGCCCGCUACCUCACACUGCUUGUGUUUGGGGAAGACCACCCGGAGAUGGCACUGUUGGACAACAACAUCGGGCUGGUGCUGCAUGGGGUGAUGGAGUAUGACCUCUCGCUGCGCUUCCUGGAGAAUGCGCUGGCUGUCAGCACCAAGUACCACGGGCCCAAGUCCCUCAAAGUGGCCCUCAGCCACCACCUCGUCGCCCGCGUCUAUGAGAGCAAAGCCGAGUUCCGGUCAGCCCUGCAGCACGAGAAGGAAGGCUACACCAUCUACAAGAGCCAGCUGGGCGAGGACCAUGAGAAGACCAAGGAGAGCUCCGAGUACCUCAAGUGCCUGACCCAGCAGGCCGUGGCCCUGCAGCGCACCAUGAACGAGAUCUACCGCAAUGGCUCCAGCGCCAACAUCCCGCCCCUCAAGUUCACAGCCCCCAGCAUGGCCAGUGUCUUGGAACAGCUCAAUGUCAUCAACGGCAUCCUCUUCAUUCCGCUCAGCCAAAAAGACCUGGAGAAUCUGAAAGCUGAGGUGGCGCGGCGGCACCAGCUCCAGGAGGCCAGCAAAAACAGGGCUAAGGCUGAAGAGCCCAUGGCCACCGAGCCGGAGCCAGCGGGGGCCCCGGAGGAUGCGGCCUCCCAGCCCCAGGCUGACAAGGACCCUCCUUCCCCAAGCUUGCAGGGGUAGAAAGGGAGAGACAGAUGGACAGUUAGCUGCCCCGUUACCCAAUGAUCCAGGCUCCAGGAGAAGGGGGGCACGCCCUGCAGAUCGGGAGAGGAAGCAAGUCCCUAUUCUUCCACAUUUCCAACCCCAACCCUACCCCCAGUAUCCUGCUGGGACCCUGGCCUGGCCUGUCUGCCCCCGGAGAGAUGUUUUUGCACUGGUUCAAUGAAAAUACCGAUGCAGAGGCCUAAUUGAAGACACGUGAAUGGAGCGUGUGGGCAUCAGUUCCCAGCUGGGGGACAGGCGCCCCUCAGGCACCCCAUCCUCGAGCAGGUGUGUGCGAGUGUGUCCAUGCCCGCGAGCGUCUUGAUCUGUCUUCCUAACGUGUACAUAGCCCGUCGGUUCGGAGUGGGUGACGUGCAGAUGCGAUUUCUCAGGUCAUUUGUAUGUUUGACAUUACGGCUGCUGCUUCUGCUGCCAGUACCCCUGGGCCCAACCUGGCUACAAGCGCAGGUUUGAAGCCGACAAAGGGGGAGCUUUCCUGUGUCCUGGGAUGGGGAGUCAGCUCUGUGGCAGGGCUGGAGAGCUGGGGUGCACUUUAGCUCUGUGGCAAGACGAGAGCUGCAGUGGCUUUAUUAAUCAUGGUUGGGACUGGCCUGGCUGUGCUUGGGGUGGUGGGGAAGGGCAGGGUGGGCAGCGGUGGUUCCCCCAGGUACCCAUGUCCAGCCCCCACCUGUCUGCCUCCCUGCUCCCUGCUUCUCAGCUGGGGAUGCCCUGGGGGCUGCAGUCUGAAUGUAUCCUCACCAUUUUAACCUGAGCUGCCUGACGCACAGUGGGAGUGGGUAGGGCACAGGCCUAGGGGAAUCAGUUGAAUCAUGGAUUCUGGGGGUAAAUUACCAGGUACAGGCGUGAUUGUCAUUUGUUUGCGGAGCCCAGCUCCCUACCUGGUCCUCGCCACACAAGCACCUUCAACAGAGAGUACCUCUGGGUGUGGCAGAUGGGGGCGGCAUGGAAGGCGGUGGCCCCCACAGGCCCCGGCUGCUCCCUCUCCCAGCUGCCUGUGCUGCUUCUGUGCCUGCUGUUGGAGCCCUGACUAUGGGGGGAGAUCACCACCCUUGUGAGCUUGAGGGAGCUGUUCCAGGGGUGGGUCCUCUGCCUGGGGGGAGCUGCUUAUGGGUAUGGUCUGUCCAAACACCUUGUUUCAAAGGGAGUGGGCGUGAGCUAGCAAUCGAAGCAUCCCCACAGCUGAUCGAGAACUUUUUCUUGUUUUUAAACCAUCACGUCUUCAUUUCACAUUGGAAUAAAGUGAGUUUUUGAAACCUA